AGACCAGUUUUCGCGUCAACAAGUUUGCGUGCGAGUGACGCUGUUUUCGGUUGAUGAGUUGUUUGUCUUUGAAGUAGAAAAACAAGGCUCAAAUUAGAUAAACGCUAAUAAGGGUAAUAGCUAAACCUCUUAAUUCUAAAAAGAAACGUCUUGGUUUUCAUUAAUCAAGAUUCAAAGCACUAAAAGGAGGCAGCGAUCCAAGACAGGACUCAGUUGAAGAGCAGCUACUGGUAGCAACAUGGACGAGAGAGUAACACGACAAAAGCAGAACAAGAAUACAAGAGUGAGAGGUAACAAGAUGGCGACCGAAGGAAAAGACAUACAAGAACUGGCGAAAAGAAGAAGAAGUAGAAGCAGACAAACAGAGGUCACAGCUGCGGAUUUCUCGUCCAAUAAUUCUGUCAACGGUAAACGAGACAAAAGGACAAACUUUGUUUGCGAGCAAGAGGAGAAUUCCCGAGAAAACAAGGUGAAAAGAAGAAACGACCAAAGCCGCCGAUAUGGAAUGAUUGUAGAGGACAUUUGCAUCGAUAUGGAAGACAUUGUUUAUGACAUUCAAAAUGGCAAGCUUUCACUCGAGGCACUGCCUAAGUUGGGACUAUUUCCUUUACACGAAGCAGUCGCUCGUGGUCUUACAAAAUGCGCUGAAAGUUUGAUAGGACUGGGACUGCAACUGACAAGUGAAACACCUGAUGGACUCACACCGUUAGAGGUAGCUGUAAUGGCGGGAAAUUUUGACGCGGCUGCCUUACUCAUUCAGUAUGGCGCUCCUAUUGACCGCAUUCGAGAUGGAAUCCCUCGAUUUAUUUAACAGUAUAAUUUUUUUCUUAUUUCGGAUUAUUUUGCCUGUAUCGGCGUCACUAAAAGUAUCAGUUGUAAAAGCUUUCAAAAAGUUCAAUUGAAUAUAGUUGUUCUUUAACAGUGCACUUAAUUUUAUUCUAUUUUAUUGGAAACAAGACAGACUGCUUGUAAGCAUUGUAGAGCAUGUGAUAUCUGAUCUGAAGCCUGUCUGCUCAUUUUGGAACACAGGUCACUGACAAACCUCCUACAGUCAGUAACCUCUGUUUCUAGCUAGGCAUUCAAUCUGCAUCCAGGAGCAGCCCUUCGAUUGGAUAGUACGUUCUGUGUUCCUCCUCCAGCUGAUACGUGGUCUCCCACUCUCUCCGGGGUAACGCAGAUAGUUGGUCUUUCAAGUGUAUGGUCUAUCCAUGUAGACUAGAGCAUGUGAUAAGCGGCAGCAAAUUAAUGGCACAUCGCGGCAAAGUCAAAACUUUCAUCUAUAUUGUAUUUAUUAAGAUAAUAAAAAGUCAUUUUCCGACAUUA